AUGGCAAAACUUAGCAAUCUAUUGAUAAAUAUCCUGUUGCUCGAAGCAAUCCAAGAAAUCCCAGGAUAUGUUAAAUUAAUGAAAAAGUUGAUGUCCAAAAAGAAACUUGUUGAAGCUGACACCGUUGAGUUUACUCAUGGGUGUAGUGAUGUCAUGGAUAGUAAGGUUGCGGGAAAUAAAAAUGACCCCGGAGCAUUUACUAUUCCUUGCACAAUCAGGAUUCUUGAGUUUGCAAAGGCGUUAUGUAACCUUGGUGCGAUCAUCAAGUUAAUGCCUUUUGUGAUAUGCAAGAAGUUUGGAUUGGAUGCCCCUACACCGACCUUUAUGCGACUCUUAAUGGUGGACCGGUCCAUCAAAAGGCUAGUGGGAAUUUUGUUUGAUGUCAUUGUUAAAGUGGACAUGUUUAUACUCCUGGCGGACUUUGUGGUGUUGGGUUGUGAAAUGGACCAAGAGGUACCUAUCAUCCUUGUUCAUCCUUUCUUGGCCACUGGAAGGGUCAUUAUCGACUUGGAGAUGAGAGAAAUGAAAUUUAGGGUACAAGAGGAUGAGGUAUCUUUCAAAAUUUGCAAAACAAAGAAGCAAACUGCAGAGCUCCAAGUUAUUUUCGUGGUGGAUAUGGAGAAGCAUGCUAGUGGCCUAAAAGGUUGGGAAAAAGUUGAACAUGAGGAGCUAGCAACAAACCAGCUUCAGGUAUUACGACCGCGAUCACAGUCCGCUGUUGCAGCAAUGCAAACGCGGUCAUGGCUCAUGAUCACGGAAGGUUUUCCUUUGAGUGUGCCUGGUAUUCCUCCAGCUGCAAGUGUUAUACCCCCAUUUGUGAAAGAGUUUGGUUAUGUACCUGAGUAUGACAUUCCGAGUUUGAGAGUUCAAUCUUUAUCUUCAUUUCCUCUUCUAGUUGGAUUAUUGCUAGCCCGAGUCUUUGUGCCUCUUAUUACUUUGGAUCCUAUUAUGUCUUCUGAGGGUAAAAAGAGGUGCAAGAGAUGUAGCCAAAGGUUGGUGGAGGUCAUUUUUAGUUGCAGACGUUUUGGUUUGCCAGAGAUGACUUGGGAUCAGUUUGAUGAGGCCUUUCUGGACUGGUUUGGGCCUUAUAGUUUGAGGAAUCAGAUAAUAGAUGAGUUUGAUCACUUGGAGUAG